AUGCAGAAAGCAAGUGACUUAUGGUUAAAGGAAAAAUUUGCAUGUUUAAGGCUUGAGAAUCAUCAUCACUGUGGACAAAAUUGCACAAAAUAUCUUUCUGAAGCUUUGAUGCAAUAUUCACAUGUAGAAAAAAAAAUAUCAACUUACGUUUGGAACAAGAUCACAGAUCACAAUAAAAAUGAGCAUUCCAAUUCUAAUCCAUAA